AUGACUCCAGUAAACCUGAUCAAGAGUCUCGAAAAACACAAUAGCGAGGCACGAAUCACAAUCUUUAGUCCUGAUGACUCACUUUUAGCGGUCGCUGCCUCCAAUGACGGUUGCAUCAACAUCUACCGCACCUCCACCGGUAUACUUCAAACCAGCACCAUGGAACACAAAGACAUGAUCUGGGACAUCUCCUUCUCUGCCUCUGGUGCACACAUUCUUUCCGCCUGUGACGAUGGCACCGCUCGUCUCUUCAACACCACCACUGGAAUGCUAGAAAAACAAUUCCACGAUGAUAGCGAAGGGUGGAGUGAUGAAAGGAUGUUUGUCGCGUGCUUUACUCCAGAUAACAAGGCCAUAGCUACCGGCACUGACAUCGUUCAGAUCUGGAAUUUGGAAACUGGAGAGUUGGUGCGGGAGUUGAUAGGCCCUAGAGAUAGAGAUGUUUUGCCGGUUGCGAGUAUAGAAGCCAUGGGCAAUGUUUUGCAAGAUGAGACCUCUAUUUCGAGUAUUGAGUUCUCGCCAGACGGGAGAUCUCUGGUUUCUGUGGGCGAGGAAGUAAAGCUGUGGGAUACAAGGACAAGAACAUUGGAGCAUACGCUUCAAGGAAACAGUCCAGUCUUCUCGCCAGAUGGAGACGUCAUCGCUACUUCCUCGCGCUCACACACGAUUCACCUCUGGGAUGCUGGAUCAGGACAUCUCCUUUACGAAUUAUCUAGUUACGGCAUUGCAGCUCCCUCUGUCCUCUUCACAUCCGACUCUAGAACCUUGCUCUCAAAUUCCGGACGUAUAGUCCAUGUCUGGGACGUCAUAAGCGGGCAUCUAGAACUGUUACUUGAAGACCAUAAGAAGCAAAUCUAUACCAUGGCUCUUUCACCGGAUGGCAUAACGCUUGUAAUAGGAAGUAAAGACCGUACCGUUAGACUAUGGGAUGUAAACACAGGGGACUGUUUACAAGUUCUGGAAGAGCAUGUGAAUGAAGUUUGGGGUGUUGCAUUCUCAUCUGAUGGGAAGAGGUUGGUCACAAGUGAUGAUGGUGGGAAAGUCUUACUUUGGGAAGUGCAAAGUAGCUGA